AUGGAACAGUCAAAGGAAAGGUUAUAUGUCACCUCUUCCAAUGCAAAGAGCUUCACAGAAUCCAUCUUAACAGCCAAUGGCACUCCACCGGACCAUGCUUCAAUCGUGGCCAAUAGUCUAGUCCUCGCCGAUCUACGAGGCGUAGACACCCACGGAAUCAACCGUAUUCCAUCUUAUAUGGAGAGAAUCCGACAAGGCGUGCUGGAUGCAGCAGCAAUCCCGACGAUAACUCAGAUCACCCCCGUCGUCGCGCAAGUCGAUGGCAAGAACGGGUUCGGGUUCGUAGCGGCGCAUAAGGGGAUGGCGCGUGCUAUUGAAAUGGCCCAGGAAUUUGGAAUUGGCUUUGUGUCAGUGAAACACUCGAAUCAUUUCGGUAUGUCUGCGUGGGUCGUCCAACAGGCAUUGGAUGCCGGGAUGAUGAGUCUGGUGUUCACGAACUCAUCUCCUGCCCUGCCGGUCUGGGGCGGGAAGGAGAAACUCAUGGGCGUGUCACCUAUUGCAUGCGGAGCUCCAGCUGGACGUGAAAGGCCGUUUAUUUUGGACAUGGCACCGUCCAUCGCUGCGAGGGGGAAGAUAUAUAAAGCUGCUCGCCGUGGAGAGAAGAUCCCCCCAGACUGGGCUCUGGAUGCUGAAGGGAAACCUACUGAGAAUCCAGAGAAAGCGCUCAAAGGUGUCAUGCUUCCCAUGGGAGGCCCCAAGGGGUCGGCCCUUGCUAUCAUGAUGGAUGUCUUCUCCGGGGUGUUGUCUGGUUCUGCAUUUGCCGGGCAUGUAACUAAUCCGUACGAUCCGUCGCGACCAGCAGACGUGGGGCAUUUUUUAAUUGCUUUGAAACCGGAUCUGUUCAUAGAUCUUGAGGAUUUCAAGAACCGGAUGGAUUAUCUCUAUCAACGAGUUGUCGGGUCGGAAAGGAUGGCUGGCGUGGAGAGAAUAUAUUAUCCGGGCGAAAUCGAGCAGAUGAUACAUGAGAAAAGAUUGCAGACAGGAAUUCCAUACGUCCAGGCAGAGAUUGACGCUCUGAAUAAUGAGGCAGAGAAGGCUGGGACUGGCAAGAUUAUUGUCUCGUAA